CUCGGUGAUGCUGAGAAGAUCUCCAGUGGCACAGCACCUCCUCCCUCAACGGCGCGCACAGCACCUCUCGCCUUCAGCAUUUGGAGUAGAUGGAACGGUUGCGCUACUUGCAUUUUAACCGAGGCUGCAUCCGCGUGCGCGUAAAACCAUUAAGGACAAGAACAAUUGGACAAGAAUAGAGCGAUGCCAUCUUGUGACGAAACCUCAAUCCAGUUGCGAAAGGAGCAGGAUGAAUUUAGUGCUCUCCAGAUUCUUGGCAUACCUUCAUGUCGGGCUCCAGGUCGCUCUCCAGAUGUUUAUUUACCCUUGUCAUCUGCAUCCCCAACCCUGUCACAUCCUGGCACGCAUUGGGCACACAGUGCGUUUGGGUGCGCUCCUGCCGACCCGCCAGCAGUCCAGGAUACAGGGCGCCCUCAACCGCGCCCUGGUCCACCUCCGGCAAAGUGGAAACAACUUCUUGCCGUACAAUUUGAGCUUGGAAGUAUUGUCCCGAGAACCACUCAAUGGAGACCCGGAGUCCAUGUUCAGGUGCGUGUGUCAGGAUAUCGUUGUUCAGGGAGUCUCGGCUGUGCUCGCGUUCCCUCAGAGCCACGAGGAGCUCAUACAAGUGGAGUUCAUGUCCUCAUUUUUGGAAAUACCUUUCAUCAGCAUCAUUGAACAGGGUGAACCUCUUAAGACACAGAACCGCUUCCAUUUGCAGAUGAUGACACGCACACCGCCUUCAGCAUUGUCAGAGCUGCUGUUAAUGGUGUUGCUGAAAGGAGGCUGGCAGGGCGGAGCGGCCGUUCUUUGUCCUGGAGGUGGGAACACAGGAAUGCUGGAAGAGCUCGAACAGCGGGGCCACCUAGGCUUGGAUGGAGCCCACUGGCACCUGUGGGAGACCCUCAACCUGUCCAGGCUUGAGGAAAAUGCAAGCGAAGACAAGGUGAUGGAGCUCCUCUCACAGCUCCUCAGCAGGACUCCUUCUGCUCCGGCAUCUUCCGCGGUGCUUUUCGGCUCAGACCCUGAAUGUACAGCCACAGUGCUGCGCAGUGCCCACCAGUUGAGUGUUGCAUUGCCCCCCAUGCACUGGAUCAUGGGAUAUCCGCUUAGUCUUGAUUCUCUACACUCCAUUGGCUCCCCCUUAGGUCUUCUGGCUUAUGGGGAGGUGAAUCGCAAGCCCCUGAACUUCUACAUUAGGGAUACCCUGCAGCUCAUUGGCAGGGCUGUGUAUGCGGCGACCAUGGUGAGACCGGACCUGGCACUCAUACAGAACAUGGUCAACUGCUUUGACAAGCCCAAUAAACAUGAGCUACCCUCUUCUGGACAGUACCUUGCCAGGUUCUUGUCGAACACUUCGUUCAUGGGGCUGACAGGCCCGGUGCGAGUACAGCGCUCGCUCUCCAGGGUCCUUACCUCCCAGCGCUUUCACAUAUGGAGCCUACAGCGGGACCCUCUGGGCCAGCCAAGUUGGGUGACCGUGGCAAGCUGGCAGUCGGGCCGUCUGGAAUUAGAAGAACAGAGCCUGUGGCCAGGCAUGACCCAGCACCACCGGGAGGGCGGCCCAGGGAUUAGGCUCGGCGGCCGCUGGCAAGCAGGGCUCCCGGUAGCGGGGAGCAGAUUGCGGGUCGUGACCUUGGUCGAGCACCCAUUUGUGUUCACACGGGAGGUGGACGAGGAGGGCCAAUGUCCAGCGGGUCAGCUGUGCCUCGACCCUCAAACCAACAGCUCUGAUGUCCUCAACCAGCUGUUCAGAGAGCUGGAGCAAACAAACAGCAGUUCACUGCCAACUGACAUGCGGAAAUGCUGCUAUGGAUACUGCAUUGACCUGCUGGAGAAGUUAGCCGAGGACAUGCACUUCGAGUUUGACCUCUACAUCGUAGGCGAUGGGAAGUACGGGGCGUGGAAAGGGGGUAGAUGGACUGGUCUGGUGGGCGACCUGCUCAGUGGCGUGGCGGAUAUGGCCGUCACCAGCUUUAGCAUCAACUCAGCUCGAAGCCGAGUGAUAGACUUCACUAGCCCCUUCUUCUCCACCAGUUUAGGGAUACUGGUGCGCAGCAAGGACACAGCUGCACCCAUCGGUGCUUUCAUGUGGCCCCUUCACUGGUCCAUGUGGGUGGGCAUCUUUGUGGCACUGCAUAUCACAGCUCUUUUCAUCACCCUGUACGAGUGGAACAGUCCAUUUGGCAUGACCCCGCAUGGACGCAACCGCAUCAGGGUCUUCUCUUACUCGUCUGCCCUGAACCUCUGCUACGCCAUUCUGUUCGGCCGGACCGUUGCCAGUAAAACUCCAAAGUGCUGGACGGGCCGCUUCCUCAUGAACCUUUGGGCCAUAUUUUGCCUGCUGGUUCUGUCCAGUUACACGGCCAACCUAGCAGCUGUCAUGGUGGGUGAGAAGACCUUUGAAGAAGUAUCAGGGAUUCAUGAUGUCAAGCUCCAUCACCCGUCUCUGGGGUUUCGCUUUGGCACAGUUCGAGAAAGCAGUGCUGAGGACUAUGUGAAAAAGAGCUUCCCUGAGAUGUACGAGUACAUGAGGCGCUUCAACAAGCCCACCACUCCGGAUGGAGUCUCUACACUCAAGACAGAUCCCCCUCAGCUAGAUGCCUUCAUCAUGGAUAAGGCUUUGCUGGACUACGAGGUGUCCAUAGACGCAGACUGCAAACUCCUGACUGUAGGAAAACCAUUUGCUAUUGAAGGUUACGGGAUCGGGCUGCCCCAGAACUCCCCUCUUACCCGAAACGUGUCAGAAUAUGUCAGCCGCUACAAGUCUGACGGUUACAUGGACAUGCUGCACGACAAGUGGUAUAAAGUAGUUCCCUGUGGGAAGAGAGUUUUUGCUGUGACAGAGACUCUACAGAUGGGUAUCCAGCAUUUCUCGGGGCUGUUUGUGCUGUUGUGCGUGGGGGUGGCAGGUGCUUUGCUUACUCUGCUGGGGGAGCACACUUUCUUCAGAUUCAUCCUGCCUUACCUCCGUCACCAGCAGAGAUUCAAAUACUGGCUCCACACCAGCCAGAAAAUCCACCGUGCAUUAAAUACGGGUUGUGAUAACGAGAGGAAAUCAGAGGUUGAGAGCAGUGACAGAUGUCCCACCUUGUGCCUGUCAGAGAACUGUAAUCUCCACCGCCUGCCACCCUCCUCUUCUUCUCCUCCGCCCUCCACCUCCUCAACGUCCCCUUCCACAUCUACAACCAAGUGGAACAAUCAGAGUGUCAAGGUUGGUCGAGAGGCCAAAGAGCAUAACAAGCGUGUCCACUUUAACCUGGAGACUCUCAACAGCUACCAGCUCCAAGCUCCAACCCAUGGGCCAGAAAGGGGCCGGAGGGGGUUGGUGGGAAGCCCACCCACCCAGUUGUGUUCCAAUGGUGGACCUAAUCUCAGUCUCAGCCUGGUGCUCUCACCCCCGGCCUGCUCGGGGCACUCAACGCCAUGGGAAGAGGAGCUGCGGGAGCUGCAAGGGAGGAUCGAGGAGUUUCGCGGCCAGCUCAGGGCCGCCCUGGCCAGGCGAGCCGAGCUCCAGCGGACCCUGGUCAGACAACGGUUCGGUCAGUCCCAGACAAGCUCAGCAUCUAAUCCCACCACCAACACCCUGGCCAAAGAUGUCAACAGGGGGAGGUGAUGUACGCUAUGUGUCCGGACACUCACAAAGGCAGUGGAUAUGAGAGGAUAAGGGACAUCCUCUCAUCUGAGAAGUCAUGCUGUGCUAUUUUAUGCCUUCUCCUUUCUCAAUGACUGCUGGAGUGCUGCAGUGAUGGAUGAAACACUCUGUGAUGGAAAUUCAGCUUGUAAUCCUGCAGUUUGGCUGACUUCCAGCUCCAGAGAGAAAGCAUUUAUCCUUGUAUGUGUGUGUGCGUGCGUCCGUGUGCGUAUAUGUGUGUGUGUGUGUGUUUAAAGUCAGACAACUGGACAGAGAACAGACAGUUAAUGCACCAUUCACUGCUGGCCAAGGUGAAUAUCUGCACCCACAGACGUCCAGCAUGAAAAUGGCUUCUUUUUGUAAAUAAUUCAAUGGGAUUACUUAGUGGGAUAAGCAGCAAUGGACCUUGUCUCAGCCUCGGACGGCAGGCCCAUGGACCACCCACAGUCCGAUCAAUGACUGUCUGCUGCAUAUUGCACACAAAAAUAACAUCUCUAGUUCUGAUCUGAAUGGCAGGUGUUUAGCAACUUUUUGGGAAUAAUGGCACACAUAUUUUUUUUAACAGUCCGGCCUGGUCAUGUUAAGGGUUGAUACAACGAGGAAGAACUAAUCACUGAAUUUGAUUAGUUCUUAUUUUAGUUAGUAGCAAGUUAGCUAUAUAUCCAUGAGCAGAACUGUAUUCAGCUUUGUUUUCUGAAUUAUGUUCAUGAAAGAACUUCAGACAGAAAUUCAGAUCACUGUCUCAUUUUCUGCUAUUUUUUAGAUGUUUUUUGUGCAGCCAUUGUUGGAAAUAGGCAGAAUGGUGCACCUAUUCAUAAUUGAAAUCAUGGCCGUUUAUUAUUAACAAUUCGCCCCCACAAAUUAUGUUUUAUUUAGUUUUUGUUCCUUUGUUGCUACAUUGUACUAAAUAGUUAAAUUGUGGUCACGUUGUAGUAAUUUGUUCCCUCAUUUUAAUAAAAACAGGCAAAUGAAUUAGUACAACGUAGCUAUGAUUUAACUAAAACAAGCUAACAAAUGAAUAAGUCAUGGCCACAAUAUCUUGUUUUUUUUAUUUGCAUGUUAUGUGCAGAGCCCUGUACAUUUUUCCAGUCUUUUAUCACUAUUAUUAUGAUCAGUGUUGGGGAAAGUUACAUUUAAAAGUAAUACAUUACAAUAUUGCAUUACCCCCUUAAAAAAGUAACUAAUUGCAUUACUUAGUUACUUUUUUUUUAUGGAACAUUACAUUAUUUUUUUCUCAUCUGGACUGGGCUGUUUGUUUGUUUGUUUUUAUAAUGUAAAAUGUAAAGGCCAUUUCACACCAAAAGUGAAACGAAUAAGCCUCAGGCUGAAGGAGAUGCAAAUUCACAGCUGUACAACAGAGGGUGCAGUUCAAACAAACAAGCCUUUCAGCUGUGCUGUCAUUCUGAAAUACAGAAGAAUAGGACACAGGGGAAGUAAAUGCUCACAUUUAGUCUAGAACUAGUCCGGAAUAACCAUCAUGUUUACACAGCGCACACAACACCUCUACACUUACUCCCAAUUUCCCUCAACAUGUGAACAGGAGAGGUGUCAAUCAAUAAAUGAGAAAACUUGUGUUACUUAUUUGAAAAUAUAAAAGUAAUGCGUUACUUUACUUGAAAAAAGUAAUCUGAUUACUUAACUCGCAGUACUUGUAAUGCGUUACCACUAACGCUGAUUAUGAUAUUAUCCAUUUCAGAUAAUCCUGGCACUAAAGGGCACAUAAAAACAAACUGGUCGGUCGCUUUACAUGUCAGUCAGGCGGCCUCUUCCUGUCUGAGUGGGCCAUUCCAGGCCAAAAUAAGCUGCCAUGGACCAAACUUCAAAUUUUGAUUAAGCCACUACUUGUCUUGCUGUGGUGUACUUUUUCCACACUUACAAUGUUUGAAUAAAUAUAUUGUUUGCUUGUGUGUUUUAAUGGUGAUAAAGUAUGAUUCUGUUUGAGAUGUUUGACCCUCAAAUGUCACGAGCCUCCUAUAUAUAAUCUAAAUGUUAUAAAGUCUGAAAGAGUUAUUGCAUUUACUAUUAUUAAUAAACAGAUUUUCAAAUAA